UCACUCUGAAUACAAAACAAGUCUUUUCGGCAUGAUAAGAAGCUGCAAUCAAACGAUUUCAUUAUUCAGAGGUACAAUUGCAAGCUUCAAAACUAUGCCAUAGAAGGAAUCAUCAGAAAGUCAGUCUACCAGCAAGAUGCAAAAGCAAGAGGAGGUGCUGUCGCGCCUACGCCCGAUACUCGACAUAUUUUUGCGCGAGAAUUUUUCCACGACCAACAAUGUUUACUUUGAGAAGCUCCUCACGCACUUGCAGGCCAAGGAGAAUGUGUUUGUGCUGCAGGCCCCAUUUGUGGUGGACUGGGUGGACAGGUGCAUCACAGCGUUGACGGAGGACUUCAACAGAAUCCACCCGAAGGUGGUGUCUUUUAUGUUGAAUCUGACCAGCUAUCUGGCGCACAACGAAUGGAUGAUUGUGCGCCUAAGGGAGCUCGAUAUAGUUAAUAGAGCUGUUAAACUGCUGCAGGGUGAUCACAACUUAAGUCCUUCGAUUAAGCUGGGCGGGAUUCGUCUGAUGAAGUCCGUCACCGAUUACAGCAUGGGUCUAGCAUUUCUGCGUAUGCAUCGAAUCUGGACGCUGCUCAUCCAGUAUUCGAACAACGAUCACACUCUGUAUGUGGUGCGAGAGGCUCGACAGGUUCUUUACAAUAUGCUGUACAAGUUCUGCGACAAGCUGCACGACAAGGCUGUUACGCUGGAGAUCCUCAUCGAGAUCAUGCAGCCGCUUCACGACAAUCUAUACAAGAACACCGCCGGCGAGGAGCGCAUCCACAUCAAGGUGGACGACAACGAAUUGCUGCACAAGAUCUCGGCCACGUUGGACCUGCUCUCCUACAUUCUGCAGCAGACACUGGUGCUUGAGGAGCGUACCAGUCUGAUAGCCCUGCUCAAGGAGUAUCAUGACUUCGAGAUAACCAUUUGGAAGCUGAUCGAUAUGACUCACAACCCGUACUUUAUUGAGAAGAUCUUCACCACGCUGAGCAGCUACAACUUCGCCCUGCUGAUGCACGAAAAGCUGCUAAAUCCUGACGCUACCGAGCCGCCGGAGGAGUUCACCGAGUUUGGGCUGUCGUUCUUCAAUCUCAUGAAAUUCUUCAUCACCCGCAAAGACGGUAUGAGCUUUGUGAAGUUGGCUGAGCUGAAUCACGUGCUAUGGAAGAAACUGGGAGCUCGGGCGCCCAAGGAGAUCGUAAUCCAGCAGGAGCGCGUGUCGUUCGAAAACCAGUUAAUAUGCUUUCACAUGUUGCCUCUGCUUUUCUCCAUGAAGUAUGCUCAGAAGAUCGCCGACGAGGAGAACAAGGUCGAGCUUUUCGACGCCUAUGUCGUCAAAUUGUUGGAGAUCUCCUGCGAGCAGACCCUUCGACUCUGCUACACCAUGCGGGAUACCUUUUUUACCGCCGACGGAAUGACGGCGGAGUUGGUGACCGCCGGGCUGGCGAAUAAAUGCAUACAUAGCCUGCUGGCUCUGGAGAAUGUUCUCGAUCGGGAGCAAGCAGUUACUGUGUGCCAAGCUCUGCUCUACGUCCUCCGCGAAGCUGUGGCCAUGAGUGUCAUCACGAACAACACGCAGGAUGACUGCCACAGCGUGAGCAGCGCGGGUAGCUCGUACCUGGAAUUGUAUCCGCGGGGCACCGAGAAGGUCGUCAACGAUCCCCAGGUGCUGCACUCCGUCAUGGUGGGUUUGCGCACCCUAAUCGAACGCUUCAAGAUCACUUGGAAGGAGUCGGUGGAGACAAUUGGCCUGGUGAAUUGUCUGGCCUUUGUCCUGGAGAACACGAACAUGGACUCCAGGUGUACUGUCCAAGCACUGAAGCUCGUCCAGUUGGCUGUGGAACACUUCCUUUCUCCCAACAUGGCUCUGCUGGUUGACAACCUGCAGGGUUCUGCUUUGGUUUGCCUGGGUCCCAUCAUCGUUAAGCGGAUGCACGACACAAUGUGGGAGGUGCGGGACACAACGCUCGAACUCACCACCUCCAUAGCCAGUAUCUCCCGCAUCAAGUUUCCCGCCUUUCAACGUUUUCUGAUUGACGCAAAAAUACCCCCUAUAGUCUACGAAAUGGCCAAGAAUGAUUCGGAAGUCUAUGUGCGAGCCUCCGCCUUUAAAUGCCUUUCGCAAAUGGUUUCCAUAAAUCUCUUGUGGGAAAACUGUCUUAGCCAACUCGAUCUUGUGGACCAUCUUAUGUAUGUGAUGUAUCGGGAGACCGAUGAUAUUGUGCGCGCCGAAGCCGUAGUUACGCUGAUGAAGAUCUACGAGCACCGCAAGAUCCAUAACAAGUAUAAGAACACGCUCUUCUCAACCCUAAACUAUUGUGUGGUCGGGGAUCAUCACGCAGAGGUAAAGAUGAAUGCACUAAAUUUUUGGCGCCGGGAGUUUUACCGUCAGUUCAGCAACCAGGGCAUGAUUGAUGGCUCCUUUCCUACGGUAACCUUUUCCAAGGAACAGAAAAAGAUUGUCACGCUGACGGAGAAGGAAAUCCAGACUAGCAUUGCCAAAGUAUUUGGGGAGGUUCAACAGUACGGAUAUUUUGGCAUUCUACUCAAGAGCCUGCGGGAAGAGACUUCGAUGGAGGUACUGGAGCUCCUCAUUACCGGCGUCAGGAUAAUGAGAGAAAAGUUUGAGCGCCACAAAGGCAUAAUGGAUGAGAUUGAAAUGAGAUCGCCGCUCUCUCACAGCGAUAGCUCAACAUUCAGUUUUCCGGCCGAACCGCAGGCAUCGCCAAUUCCCCAGCAAGCACCGGUUAACCCCAGCGAAGCAGACGAGAUCAUUGAGUCCAUACUAAACUCGCAGGAUGCCCAGCUUCUGGAAAAGGCGUUUGAAACCCAAAUGCAGAUAAAUGAGGAGGCGGAAAAGGUGGAGAAACGGCACAUCGAUGAGUUCUACUACAAGCAGUUCGCGAUGCCGUUGCGACAGUUCUUCGAGGAGCUGAAGACCAUUGACCUUGACCAAUUGGUCAAGCAGCACCAGGAGUGGUUCGAGUGCAAGGAAAACUUCACCUCCCUGCUGGAUGAUAUCCUCGGAGCGUUAAAGCGCGAUGAUGAGAAUAUGAUAUCGGACUGUUACUAAUCCCGGGGCUUAGCCGAUUUCAAGUCCUUAACCGCUUUGUGAAGUAAGCUAAAAGUGUUUUUCCUGAAAUAGAAAAUAUUUUUUAUAACUUUUUAAGUGUUGCACACGAAAUGAGAUUUUAUUGCGCCUCGGCAGACAAAUAAUAAAAUAAACGUAAAAGCAGUAUAA